GCCCUUUAGCUAGAAAUGUUCCUGUACUGGAAGAAGCGUGGAGCGUAUGAGCUGGAGACACUGCCACCCUCCCUCACUCAGGGGGGAAUAGAGCGCUACUCCUGGUCCUCAUCGCUGGACGUCAUCCAUGAUCUGUGUGAUGACAAGCCCGUCCAGGAGGAGGACUGGGUGGUGUGCCAGCACCCAGAGUGUCCCGAGCGCCGGAGGGCUUCCAAGGUUUGCCACCACCCAGACUGCCAAGACCUGAAUAACAAAAGCCCCCUUCACCUGUGCGAGUCAUGUGACUCACGCAGCCACUCGGAGAACACAGACAACAUGCACUUUGACCGGCACCCCCGCUUUGACUUACAACCUCAAGCCUCCAUUCUGGCCCGGAACGUGUCGACGCGCUCCUGUCCCCCCCGCACCAGCCCCCCCUCCGACCUCGAGGAAGAGGAUGAUGGGAGUAAUGACCGCGGGGAGCGUAAAACAGGGGGAAUGAAGUUGAAAAAGAAGCCGCGGAGGCGACACACUGACGACCCCAGUAAGGAGUGCUUCAGCCUCAAGUUUGAUCUCAACGUGGACAUAAACACGGAAAUCGUACCUGCGAUGAAAAAGAAAACCCUGAGAGAGGUGUUGGGCCCAGUGUUUGAGAGGAAUGGCAUUGAGCUGUCCCGGGUCGACCUGUUCCUGGAUCAGUCCAACACGCCGCUCUCCCUCAACUUUGAGGCGUACCGUUUUGGAGGACACUACCUCAAAGUGAAAGCACGGGUAGGUGAUGAACUGAAGGUGGAGCAGGGGGUUAAGGACUUGCGGUCGCUCAGCCUGCCCAACAUGAAGCCCUCUGGAGGUCAGAGCCCUUACAUCCUCACCCCGGGCAGCGAGAGGGUGGAGCACGGCUCCCUGGGACGCAAAGAAAACGUGGAUCUGUUGGGUCAGGGUCGACGGAGGAAGAACAUGACCGAGUUCCUGGGAGAGACGAAUAUUCCCACCCCAGAAGCCCUGGGAGGGGUGGGCUCUCUGCCCGGCAUCGGGGCCGGACCUGACAGCUGGAAGAACCGAGCCGCCAGCCGCUUCAGUGGCUUCUUCAGCUCCAACGCUGGAGCCGGGUCUUUCGGAAAGGAGGCGGACCGUCUGGAGCAGCUCCAGAGCAAACUGGACUCCUACAUGCUGUUCGGGCUCCCCAAGGUGCCGCAGCUCUCCUUCCACCAGGACUCCUGGGAGGGGGUGGAGGAGGGGGAAGAGGAGCAGGAGGAGCAGGAGACCAGCCUGGUGCUGGAGGAAAGUUGGAAGAUGCUGCUGGAUGACUCGGAGACGUUGACCCGGCGGCAGUUCCACCAGCAGGAGGCGAUCUGGGAGCUGCUGCAGACCGAGACGACCUACAUCAAGAAACUCCGAGUCAUCACUGAUCUGUUCCUGUGUGGGCUGCUGAACCUGCAGGACAGCGGGCUGCUGACGGAGGUGGAGCCCACCAAGCUGUUCAGCAACAUCCAGGAGAUCGUGUGCCUCCACACCGCCCUGUGGAACCAGGUCAUGCUGCCCGUGCUGCAGAAAGCCAGGAAGGCGCGCGCUCUGCUCGACCCCACAGACCUCUACGACGGCUUCAGGACGUUUGGCUCCCGGUUCCAGCCGUACAUCCGCUACUGCAUGGAGGAGGAGGGCUGCAUGGAGAACAUGCGCACGCUGCACAGGGACAAUGAGCUCUUCAGGACCUACGUCACGUGGGGAGAGACUAACAAGCAGUGUAACCGCCUGAAGCUGGCCGACAUGUUGGCCAAGCCGCACCAGAGGCUGACCAAAUACCCUCUGCUGCUGAAGAGCGUCCUGAAGAAGACGGACGAGCCGUCGGCACGAGACAAAGUCAACAGCAUGGUGGCUGCAGUCGAGGGCUUCAUCAACAGCGUGGAGUCCAAGAUGAGACAGCGUCAGGAACAACAGAAGCUGGCCACCAUUUCUGCCCGGAUAGACUCCUACGAGGCAGUAGAGGGCAGCAGUGAGGAGGUGGAGAAGAUCCUCAAGGAAUUCAACCGCUUCGACCUCAUGGCUCCCAUGAGAGGAGUUUCCCCGGAGGAGACCCGACAGCUGCAUCUGGAGGGGGCGCUGAAGAUGAAAGAGGGCAAAGACAGCCGAAUGGACGUCCACUGUGUCCUAUUCACCGACCUGCUGCUGAUCACCAAGCCGGUGAAGAGAGCGGAGAAAGUGAAGAUCAUCCGGCAGCCUCUGCUCAUUCACAACGUCAUCUGCAAGGAGCUCAAAGACCCUGGCUCAUUCAUCCUCAUCUACCUCAAUGAGUUUAAGAGUGCAGUGGCAGCUUACACUUUACAAGCCAACAGCGCCACCCAGGGGCGGAGCUGGAUCGAUGCGAUCUGUAAUGUCCAGAAUCAGCUCCAGAGGCUGCGCACUGAGGAGGUCCUCCGGCAGCAGAGCAGUCUGAAGAGAUGCACGGGUGAGGAAGAGGAUGAGGAAGAAGAUGAGAGCAGCAACUCAAGCUCCCCCUGCCUGGGGCACAAAAACCAGCAGAACUCAAGCCAAUCAGACGGCUCCACGGAGACCCUGUCAGUGAUGGAGAUUGAUGACCCGAGCGACCAGCAGGAGCCCGCUAACAGGAACCUGGAGGGAUCCAGUGAGAAAGACUUGGACGUGGAACCCCUGUCAGAACGGUCUGAGGUGGAGCAGUCCACGGGCCCCCACAGGGUUCACUCCGGUGUUUACUCUGAUCAGGAGACGGGGGCCGGCGGGGAGGAGCUGGACCCCCAGUGCCGCUCCCUCUCCAUGGACAGCGCCUACGGUACCCUCUCCCCUGUAUCCCUCCUGAGAGAACUCCAGCCUCAGCCCGGCCAGACUGAAGGAGAGGAGGAAGAGGGGGAGCUGGAGGAGGCAGAUAUAGAUGAGAUAGAAGAGGAGGAGGAAGAGGAGGAGGAGGAUGCGGCCUCUCUGGGGUCCCAGGUGUCAGUCAUCCAGUCGUCCAGACCUCGCCGGCGGCCUCACGUUCAGCCCCGACUCCACUGCCUCCAGAGGCUCUCCACUCUGAACUUAUCCCGCUCGGAGGACAACCUGCUGCAGCGCCUCUAUGGGAUAACCCAAACAUCGGACAAACACAGCUCUCAGGGACAGGACCAAUCACAGUGCAGAGACGCAUCGCAGCUGGCUCACAGCAGGAGCCUGACGGAGCUCGGACAAAACUGCAUGGAGCUGUUCUGCAGCGACCUCGACCGGUCCGAAGACAGCGUGACCUCGAAUAAACUCUCUGCCACCCUGAGGAGGGCCGAGGCCAGGCAGGGCCACACGACGCCCGCCGGUGAGCCUGACGAGUCCCAGAACAACAGCUCAGACGGGGAAGCGGCGCCACCUGCCUGCGUAGAGAGGAAAAACGAGACAGCAGCCACCAGUGGUUCGGGGGAAACGUCGCCUAAGAAGAGGAAAUCUCCGGUCCAGCAGCACAAGAAGCUGACACUCGCUCAGCUGUACAGGAUACGCACCACUCUGGUCCUCAACUCCACACUCACUGCAUCGGAGGUAUAACCACUCUUCCAAUCAGCUGAUCAGCGACACGUGGAGAUAAUAAGGAACACUUCUUUUUUGCUUCGAUGGACUGAAUUUCUUGAGACACAAAUGCACUCUCUCUUGCUGCCCUCUCCCUUCUGGUUGCUUUUUUUUUGGACACUGACCGUACCAUUGUUGCAUUUCGUUGAACUUUUCUUUGCUGUUGCAUUGGUUCCCGAAUUAUUCGAGUGGAAGGGAGAGGCGGAGAGACAUUAACUGCUUGCACUUUGCAACGGAAGUAGCAUUAUAGGGGCUGGGACCUUAAGGCUGAGUGUGGAGUGGGGGUGGGUUUAAAUCCUGCACCGUCUCCGUCAACAGAGUCAAAGAGAGGAACAAUACAUCUUGAAAAUGCUCUGGCUAAAAAAUAAAAAAAACAGCACCUAGGACGUCCGCCUAAUAUUUAUACUACUCCUGGUUUGCUUAAAAAAAAGAGAAUUGCACAGUUAUCUAUGUUAAGUAGAAGAAUCACUAAGGAGUGAAUUUACCUUACAGUCACACAAUGGAUUAGACUUUAUUGUUAGCUGUUUGUGUACAAGUGUGUGUGAGUGUGUGUGUGUGUGUGUGAAUGAUAUAACAUGGUCCUCGAUUCCUGACUGAACCAAAACUGAUUCCCAAUCUCCUGUGAUUACGCUAACACAUCCCAAACUAUGAAUGGAAAGGUGUACCCAGAAAGGUACAACCACGCAGACGGGCUUCCUUCUUUAUUGUUUAUCUUGGUUGUACUAAUGCCAUUUGGUAUGUUGAACUAAUGAGAGUUGAUUUCCCUAAAAAGCAACGACUGAAUAUGAGGUGAUUAAAACCGUUUUGAGGAGUUUCCUGCACUAUAUACAUCAGCUUGAGUUAUGUGUUAAAACCACACACACACACACACACACACACACAGGGACGAGUAUUAACGUGGUCAUAGGAAAAGUUGAGUAACGCAUGUGUAUGUUAUUCGAGAGAUUGAACAUGAAUAACUUUGGGUUGGAUGUUCUGUAAUGAGUUGAACUUUUCCCAGGAGAUUUACUUAACUGAUGUUCAGCUUUUCAGUGAUUUAUUCCAAACUUCUGUUUACUUUUAGUUUCUUUUGUUUAUGUGUAAUAUUUAUUAUGCCUGCUAUGUUUUAUAUAUAUAAGAUAUUGUUUAUAUUGUGUUUGCUUCCAUGAUUUGUAAAAAAAAGAACUGUGUUGAUGUAGUCUUAAUAUUUUUUUUCUUGCCAGGCAUGAAUGUGCUACGAACCAAAAUCAUGCGUUUCCUCUUUCAGGAACGACGUUUAAGUGUCUUACAGAAUAAAAAUGCUAAAAUACUUGAUCCCUAUUUGUUUUAAUCUGUUGUAAUGGAGUGACUUUAGGGGAUAGUUGCAACUGAAUGGUAUUAAGCAUUAAAAAAAACAUGAACUGGU